AUGUUGAUUGGGGAAGCGCUGCGGCUUCCUCAAUUAGCUUCAUGGCUAAACUCCCCACAAGAUAACACAGUGUCAAACUUUAGCCUCGGACAGCUAACAAAUUAACGGUUCAGGUUGAAUGUCCCCCGCGGGCCUGUGGUGACCGUGGCCCGGGUGGAGACCGAGCUUAGCGGGGACCGGUCGUUUUUCAACCCCCACAGCAUCCCUUCAUCACAAGUGUCGGGGAAGGGAACGGGAGCAGGAUGCUAGCAGCUGUUAGCGAGCCGCUGCAGGAAACGAGCCGGGUAAGCUAGCUGCGGCUAACUGUUAUCAUGAGGCUGGAUUCCUCCUCGUGCUGGAUUUGAACAACCUCUCCGCGAUGGACACCGAGGCGAUAGUGAUCCGGAUAAAGACCCCGGGCGGGGACAUGGACUCCUCCGUGGACUGUCCGUCCCUGCUGAACUUCAACGACCUGCUGGUCGCCAUCAGAGACGUCAUGCCUGAAGCUACUGUCACAGCCUUUGAGUAUGAAGACGAGGUGGGAGACAGAAUCACUGUGAGAAGUGAUGAAGAACUCAAGGCCAUGUUGUCAUAUUACUUCAACACAAUGAAUGAACAACGCAUGAACGGACUGCUGCCGGACCCUCUCCAGAUUUUUCCAAGAGCCGGCAAGACUCCAGGGAUCCGGAACAUACAUGGCCUGAAGGUUAACACAAGACCCAACCCAGCAAAUGACUGCUCUCAUGCAGUCCCAGACUCCAUGACUAACAACAGCUUAAAAAAAUCAUCUGCUGAGCUGAAGAGGAUUUUGACAAAUGGGCAGAUAAGUGCCCAAGAUAUCAACUAUCAAGAGCAGCUCGGCCAUGGGAACGGAGGCACAGUUUACAAAGCGUACCAUGUUCACGGCAAACGGGUGUUAGCUGUCAAGGUCAUUCCACUGGAUAUUACGGUGGAAUUGCAGAAGCAGAUCAUGUCGGAAUUAGAAAUUCUCUACAAGUGUGAUUCACCUUACAUCAUCACCUUCUUCGGUGCCUUUUUUGUUGAGAACAGGAUAUCCAUAUGCACCGAGUUUAUGGACGGUGGUUCUCUGGAUGUGUUCAAAAGAAUUCCAGAGCACGUGCUGGGGAGGAUCGCAGUGGCAGUAGUCAAAGGCCUGACGUAUCUGUGGAGCCUGAAGAUACUUCACAGGGAUGUCAAGCCGUCCAAUAUGCUGGUGAACACCCGAGGACAAGUCAAGCUCUGUGACUUUGGUGUCAGCACACAGUUGGUGAAUUCUAUCGCCAAGACGUAUGUGGGAACUAACGCAUACAUGGCACCGGAGAGGAUAUCAGGAGAACAGUAUGGUAUUCACGCAGAUGUGUGGAGUUUGGGGAUCUCGUUCAUGGAAUUGGCACUAGGCAUGUUCCCCUAUCCACAGAUUCAGAAAAACCAAGGAUCUUUAAUGCCUCUCCAGUUACUGCAAUGCAUCGUUGAUGAGGAUCCUCCGAUUCUUCCCGUUGACCAGUUCAGUGAAAAGUUUGUUCACUUCAUCACUCAGUGUAUGAGGCGACAACCCAAAGAGAGGCCUGCCCCCAACAACCUCAUGGAGCAUUCCUUCAUCGUGCAGUAUAACGACGGUAAUGCAGAGGUGGUGUCCAUGUGGGUCUGUCGCUGCUUGGAGGACAGACGGAUCCAGCAGACUCAGGGACGUGUCUGACGUCAUCCUGCUGUCUGUCCGAACCAAGAUGGACCUGGACGUUUGAUCCCUGACCUUGGACACUUAUCAAAGUCGUCAGGAUCCAGUACGUCUUCAUGCACUGUGCAGGUGACUUCACGUAGCUGAACGAAUUUCACCAGAAGUUAAAUUCUUAAUGUGAGUAAGUCUUGAUUUAGCAGCACUCACUCGCCCUGACACUGAAGAGCCCUCUUCCUCUGAAGGGAAAAUGAAUCUCUGCCUCCAAUGAGCUCAGAGAUCUCUCUCUGACGUGGGUUUCCAGCCGCGGCCUCGUCCCCAUGUUGUUUGAGAGUGUACAACGUUCAGUGAGUAUCUCGAUCUGAUGAAUGGAGAUAACGCUCCUCGUUUGAAGGGGCUGUGACAACAAACAACUUAAUAAGUACUAGAAUACGCUGGCAGAAUUUGUUCUGCGUUGUAAGGAUCGUCUUUUUUAAGGCAUCUGUAAUAACCAUCUUGUGCUUUGCUGUUGACAGCCUUCUAGUGAAUGUUGUGGUUUUUGCCUGUGAGUAAAGGCCCACGUGUGUGCCUGGUUUUCCACUGGUGAAAUUCAUUACCUCAGAAAACUGGAAAAAAAGAUGUCCCUGCUUUUAGCUCCUGGACGAAGCAAGUUUAUUCGUGGACCACCGUUCAUACUAAAGGCAAUUCAAAUGCUUUGUAGAGGAAUCAAAAUGCAUUAAAAAUAAGACAUUAAAAAGACAUUAAAAUUGCAUUUAAAAGACAAUAUAAACAAGGCAAUUCCAAGUGCUUCACAGAGACAAAGCAUCAUUUAAAAAGUAUUGAAAUUAAAAGAGUAAAGAGCACAUUACAACAGAAUUUUAAAAUCUAAAAGAAUAAAAUAAUUAGUUAAAGAUUAAAAAAAGGUGUCAUAAUGCAUGGACAUGUUUUUUUUAUCCAACCUUGUGAUUUUGUCUUUAAUUGAAAAGACAACAACAAGCCUGCCGUACCGCUGAGUGUCACUGCAGCGUUACAGUGGAAUCAAAUCCCGUCAUAUCUUUGAUUCUCAAACUAACGAACUGAACUAUUUAUUAUUCCUUAAGAGGAACCUGGGUUUGUGUCUCUUUACACCAAUAAAUCUUUUAUUUCCACCUGCACAAUCAAGCCUGACAUUGAAAGCGGCGGAAUGAACUGUUACAACAAUUAUCUUCUUUCAUUCCGCAGAAGUUUGAUUUUUUGAUGUAGAGAAGCUGCAGACAGAAGCAUAACAGGAACCACAACUCUUCCUCCUCUACUAAACAACAUUUAAGUUAUAUUAUCAACACCAUCACCAAAAAUACUCUUAACUGUCUCUGAGUUUCUGUUAUUUCAUCGAAUCGGCCAAUGAGAUCACUUGACUCUCGUCGUGGUAAAAUAUAAAUGUGUCCUACAUAACACCAAAGGUCACUGACGGGCCAGACGGUGACUUAUAUGACUGAGGUGGACAUAAUGGGUUAAGUGACUAAAAUGAAUUGAUCUGAACAGGUGUUUGUGUGCAGCCGGUGAAAUGUGUUGUGCUUAAGUGCAAUUAAAUCCCAUUGCUUCCACAAAGGCCCAGUAAUCUUCAACAAAGGCCCAGUAAACAAACCUGCUGUGGCACGUUGAGCGUGAGCAAAGCUGAAAGCUUCAAGUCACUGCAGUGCAUUAGCAGAAAAGGUCCAUGGCACCAUUUUACUAUAGAUGAGAUGUUUAGUGUCUUUAGUGUCCUGUUACUUGUGGUUUUAUCCUCUGACACAUGGACAAUAGAUUUUAUUCUCUGGCCUUUAACUGAAAAUCACCUGAAACUGAGAUUGUGUGUGUGUCCUCCGCCAUGUUGUUCAUAGUUGGGGAUCUUUAAGCUAUUUUUUAAAUGACCAGUCCACAGAGGGUCAGGAUUUAAAUUCUAUUUCCUCAUUGACAGAAAUAGUUAGCAUUAGCAUUUUGCUCCUCAAAUUAACAUUUACUUUCCUCUUGAAAUGAUUGUAUUUAAAACAAACUUAGAACUGCAGAUUACAGAGUGCAUCGUAAGCUGCAAAUAAAGAUGGCCGACGUGUCUCUGGCUCUUUCCAUUGUACAAAAAUUAAGCCAAAAUAUUCAGGAUGCAAGACUUUGAGGUUUCACCCUGUUUUACAACAUCAAAUGAAACUGACUGAUGCCAUCAGCCAAAUGUCAUUUGGCUGAUGGCAUCAGUCAAAUGUCAUUUGGCUGAUGCUUUUGUCCAAAGCGACUUACAAUUAGUACACUCAACAUCUAUGAGGGGCCAAUUAGGGGUUCAGUAUCUUGCCAAGGACACUUCGGCAUGCAGAUGAGGAAGAGUGGGGAUUGAGCCAGUAACCUUCUUGUUGGAGAAGGACCACUCUACCCCCUAGGCCACUCCGCCAACAUCAGUGUGAUAAGAACCAAAAUUAACUAAGAACCUCAAGUUAUCCUUUGGGGGAAAUUUAUUUAACUUUAACUUUUUAUUUUGUUCUGCGUAUCAUCUUCUAACAUUCAGGAGGUGGGGUUUAUGACCUAUAUUACAGCAAGCCACCAGGGGGCGAUCCAGAUGAUUUUGUCUUAUACAGUCCAUGGUUUGCAUCCAAAAUGUUGUACAUUAUAAACUGAAAGUCUGGAUAUAAGAUUUGUCUUUUUGUGGUAUUUAACGUUACUUUAAGAAAGUUUGAGAAACCUAUUCAAUUCAAAAUAAUAAUUUGCCAAAAAGAAAAAUCAUCGCAGUUUAGCCGUCAUCCGUCUACGAACAAUUUGUGGUGCGUGGUAUCAGCUGUGUGUCCGAUGGAAUUCGGACACAAUUCACCGACUUGGUGGAAAUAAUCUCCUAAUUGGACUUUAACGGUUUACAAUGUACGUACGUAAUCCCAGACUACGGUAAACAUAUUUUUUAUUUGAAUUCUUCUUCACAUCCAGCAGUUCAUUAUUUUAUAAUAUAUGUUUAUUUUACUCUGAGGAUUCAGUUUGUGUUUCCAGUUACACUUUUUUUUUGUUUGUUUGUUUGUUUACAGCACUAUCUCCCUCAUUAACAUGUUUCAUUAGAGCCGUCAUUUGCCUCAGGAAACUAAAACUGAGGCGCAAAGUUUUUAAGUUUUUGUACAUAAAUAUAUUAUAGGAAAGACGUUGAUAGUGAUAUUACUCUGAUAAUUUAUGAUCUUCAGAUUUAAAGAUCCUCCCAUGACUAAAAUAUGUCAUUGUAGAUUUUCCAAUAGAUCCACAAUGAAUAGAACAUGUACCCUGCAUUUUACCACGUAUAUUGUUAUAUUCAUAAAACUGUCGCUUUGGGAAAGUCAUAUUCUAUCAUACUGUUAAUGUGUCAGAAAGCCACCUGACCAUGGCUGAAAUGUACCUGAAGCUAAGUACAUUACAAUCACGAUAAACUAAUAAAUGAGUGAAAAAUGUAAAGUGUGUCGUCUUGCAGCCAAAACCAAAAAACAGAUUUUACGAUAAGCUCCAAAUCUCCUCUUUGUUUUCGUUCUGCAUUGUACUCACUGACUGUGAUAUUGAAAUAUAUAUCUGCCUGAGUGAGAAUAUUUAUAAUUUUUGUACUUUCAGUUUGCUGUCAGCAGAGAUCUCCUGUGACUCUCCCUGUCAUUUCCUGUUUUUGCCUGAACCACAAAGUAUAAGUCAGUGACUCAGCAAAAAUGUACCUGCUGUGAUGCUACCGGCUGAUUUUGGCCUUUUCUGUACAUAUGUGUUGGCACAUAUUCCAACCUGCACAAAUAAAAUAUGUUUAAAAAACAUAAUGUUGCCAAG